ACACUUUGCACGGCAACUGGAACCACUGGCUUGGUGGAUUUGCUGGGUUUUCUAUUUGAAUUUUAAACUCCAGGAAAAUACCAGAUACCUGUCAUGAAGCUGGCAACUGUCUUCCUGUUGGUGAACAUCAGCAUUUGCAGUUACUCUGCUACUGCCUUUCUCCUCAACAGUGUACCCCUUCCUGUCGACAAAGUGUUACCUUUGCCUCUGGACAAUGUUCUUCCCAUCAUAGACCCCUUGAAGCUUCUUCUGAAGACUCUGGGCAUUUCUGUUGAGCACCUUGUGGAAGGGCUCAGGAAGUGUGUGAAUGAGCUGGGACCAGAGGCUUCUGAAGCAGUAAAGAAGCUUCUGGAAGCCCUGUCACACCUGGUGUGACGCCAGGAGAAAGAGGGUGCGCAGACAGAAGUGGAAGAAGGAAGCCCUGGAAGUUUUCCUGGCUGAAACUCGUUCU